CAGCUCCUUCACUAUUACUUUUGAAUACAUUAUUGGUGUUUUGAGAUAUUGCUUACGAUCGAUGGCUUCUAAAGCUUUGCUUCUCUUAAGUCUCAUUGUUGUUAUCCUCAUUGCCUCUGAGGUGGCAGCCAGGGACCUAGCUGAUAGCUCGGCAGAAAAUAAGAACAAUGAGAGAGAAGAAGGAAUGCAAACUGACCAGUAUGGAGGGUAUCCAGGAAGAGGGUACGGAGGAUACCCCGGUGGUGGAUAUGGGGGAAACCGUGGUGGUGGAUAUGGUGGAAACCGCGGUGGUGGAUACGGUGGUAGGGGCGGAUACGGAGGACGUGGAAGAGGAUACUGUCGCUAUGGUUGUUGCUACAGAGGCUACUACGGUGGCUGCUCUAGGUGCUGUGCUUAUGCUGGUGAGGCUGUUCAAACUCAGCCGGAGAGUACUGAUCCAGUUCACUAGAAAAUCAUGCAUAUUGGAUUCCUCAUGCUGCAAUGGUUGUGAAGUAUGUCUCAAGUCAAAUAAACGAGAAUCAAUUAAGAUAUAUAUAGUGAAGACUGAAGUACCAGGGUUUGAAAAGUUUGUCAUAAAGAUAAAAGAAUAUGGAAAAUUUGAGUUUUUCUUUUCUAAUGUGGUGUUUUUCUUUUCUAAUGUGGUGUUUCUUUUCUAAUGUGGUGUUAUAAUAAGAUUACCAAAACAAAAAGUGUUGUUGUAAUAAAUGUUUGUGUGAUAAAAAGUAUGUUUGAUGUA